AUGACAUUAAAUGUCUAUCAUAUCAUAUUUAUUCACAAUCUAUGGUAUGGGAUGGCCCACAUCAUCACACUUCCCAAACGGCGAAAUUGCUCCCUUUCUUGUCCUUCCAGAGUCCGUGGGCCCGAACAUCUGGCAGUAGACCACACUCUCUCCUCUCCCGCCCUUGCAAAGCCUAACCUUCCCGUCCUCUCCACGCCAGAACCAUGUAGCCCUCCUGCCAAUCCAUAUCCCCGCCAUCAAAUCCAGUUCCCCCAGCAAUACACGCCAUAUUGUACCCAUAACGAAGGCUUCAUUAAUUCCCCACACUCCCAAUCAUAUCAAUAUAUCCAUUUCAUCCAUAUUUCUCCUUUACCCCGCAUGAACACCACACACGUUCCAGAGCCACACAGAACAGAGCAACACACCGAGAACCAGCGACACUGGAGGAAGAUCCUCGACAUCGCUCCAAUCGUGUCAAUUGCAUUCCCAGCCGCCAUGUACUUCAUCUUCACCAAAGACAGUUUUGAAGAUAGCCUUUUCCUCAGGUUCAUUACACUACUCCUCCCCUUUUCAUACUCAGCAGUACAGUAUGCCUUACUCCACACCAACUGGAAGUCACAUAACAAACCAGAGGGCAUCCUGCAGAGCAUGCUCUACUACACCCUCAAUCUCCUGCUUCUUGCAUUCACCAUCAUCUCCAUCCUUUCAAUCAUUGCAUUCACCCUUGCUGAAUGGGAAGGUGAUGAUUGGGAAAAUAAUGAUGAUCCAAUUAUCUUUUCUUUCAUCCUUCCCUCUUUCACUGUCCCACUCACUUAUCUCCUCUCCGUCUCCUGCCGCCUUGUUCCAGGACAUAUUGGAUUCACAGACACUGGUAUCAACGUCCUUAUCGACAUCCUGAUUCUACUAUGCUCUACAGGAAAUUUAGUGCCUGCCUUCGAUGAAGUCAAGCAUUGUUAUUACUUUGCAAUCAUAUCUUCUAUACUCAUCCUGAUACGAUUGCUCAGGGAGAAGCACGGCCCAUCCGAAAAGAGUGCUCUGCCUACUGCGCCAUGGAGAGUAGCCAUCCUUGUCCUUAUACUCAUCUUUGCUGCUCUUAUCUACCUAUUUAUGAUGUGGGUAUCUAUCGACAUCCUAAGUGAUCACUUUGCCCUGCUUGCCAGGGCAAGAAGUACCCCAGUAUCAAAACCUAGGCAAUAA